UUGUCAUAUACAAAGAACUGUAAUCCAAAAUGAAUCAAAACAUGGUCUUUGUAUGGCUAAAUUUUGCAUUUUUGGCUCCUCUAAUUGUCAAAGGACAGAAAUCAGGAAUAGAAUGUGUUGACAUUGUAUUCGUUCUCCAAACAUCUUGUGACCUUGAUCCCGCCUUAGUGCAGGGUGUCCAAACGUCCUUUAUUGGAAAAGUGGCUAAGCAAAUGUCAACUAACAAAAAUUCAACAAUGACGCUUAUCACAUAUGAUGAUAUUGCUCAAGUACAAAUCUCUGCGUUAUCCCCAGGCGCGUUCCUAGAACAAUUAGGGGAUGGCUUCAAAGGAGGAGAUAAUUGUCCUCGCGCCACAAAGGCAAUUACAGCAGGUGCACUAACUCUGGUAGAUUUCAAGAAUUAUUUCAGUGAAGAUAGGGGCAAAAUUGUGGUUGUACUGAGUGAUGGCAUAUCUUUUGACAAGAAAAGCAAUAUGGAUAUAACUCUUGAACGGACAAAAACAGCCAUUAGGAACCUACAGAACAAGGGUAUCAACUUUGCAACAUUUGAAUUCUAUGAAGAGGAUCCUGACGACGACAGGAUUGGUAACUUGGAGUAUGAAGAGUACAAUCCAAUAAUCAAGAUGAAUACAGGCGAUGAUUUCACACAGACGUUUAUUGAUAGUGUAACAGAGAAUACUCGUUCUUUGGAUUGUGGACAUAAAAUACCAGAAAUCGUUUGUAGAGAACCAAUUCUAGACAUAAUUUACGUAAUUGAUCGAUCCAAUUCUAUCGACUCAUCAGACAUUGCCAGAGUCAAAACAUUCUUACAAGACCUGACGGCACAAAUUUUAAAAACUUCUAAGGAGACAUGGAUAGCUGCAAUUUCCUACAAUUCUGAUGUUUACGUUGAAGUACCUCUUACUGGAGAAGGAGCAAUCAGGGAUGCAAGCGGCAUAAUAAAAAAACUUGGUGAAAUUAUCACCGAAACAGCAUUGGGAACGUACACCGACAAAGCUAUAAACUAUGCCUAUUCUAAGCAUGCAUUUAGAAGUGAGGCUAACCGAUGGGUUAUAUUGAUAACCGAUGGGGUGACGAAGCACGCGCCAUAUACGAAUGGAAAAAAAUCAUUCUCACAUCUGACUGUCCAUGAAGCGAAAUGGUUAAGGGAACGAGAUAUAGACUUAUUAAUCCUUGGGUUGCCUAAUAUGAAAGCUAAAAAGAUUUUGGAUAAUCCGGAGAGUUCAGAGACUGAAAUAAAUAGAGCCAUGAACAAGGUCAAAGCUGGACGAAAGGAGUGGGAAGAUAUGAUAUGGGCAAGGUAUCCAGAGAAUUUUGAGGAAAAAAAGAAGACCAAUUUGUUUACUUUGGAAAGUAUGGAUGAGAUGCGGACGAAAUUUAAUGAUAUUUUAACUUCAGUUUGCGUCUAAUUUUAUGUAUGAUAUUCAGCUUGAAUAAAUGAGCGAUAUUACUAGAAACU